UUGAAAAUCCUUUUUCCCUUCACCCCGCUGCAAGAGCAGCCCAUCGCGAGCAAGCCAUCAGCGGCGUUUUUCCCUGCAGCCGUCGAGUCCUUUGCGGCAGACCACCGGCGACGCGAGGUCGGCGAAUUUUACUGUCUAGCCCUUCAAUCGUCUUCUCUGUCAUCGCGGUCGCGAGUUCCACGGCCGCCGACCGGCGACCUGCUAUCCGUGUUCGACGACUCGUAUUCACCAUGUUCUGUUCCUUCUCGACGGACCCGACCAGCAGGCCGAGCUCUAUCCGCCGGCGUCCCAUGUAAGCAAGCAGCCGAGAAAUUGUCCAUCGAGCAGCCUCUCAUCGCCGGUCUCCAUGUCUGCGAGCCCUCCUCGCCGCCAAUCCCAGCCACCGCCGAGACGUUACCAGCCGCCGUCGUGUGCCUCUGUUUCGCGAGCAACUCGCCGGUGUCCGAGCAACAAUCGCCCGAGGCUCUUAUCGAGCAGUCGUCGGUUUCAUUUCCGAGCAGAAGCAGCCCCGAUUGUGUUAUAUGA